AUGUCUGCCGCGGAAGGUUCAAGUAGCAGCAGCACAAGGAAAGGCUGCUACACUUUCCAUGACGUCGACAGUUCAUGGAAAGGGGCCCGUGACGCGUGUCGAAACAGGGGAGCUCAUUUGGUUACCAUGGAAACAACCAAGGAGUGGAACACAGUGAAGGGCUUCCUCACAGAAAAAGCUAAGGAGACCGGAAGUUACACUCACUAUUACAUUGGACUCCGUAGAGAAAAUGGAACGUGGAAAUGGACGGAGGCUGGAGCGCCUCGUGUCACUGUGGCCAGAGAUGACAGCCGCUGGCAGUAUGCCGAGCCCUCUAACACCGCUUCUGAAGAUUUUGCGGAAGGUAGCCGCCGCAUCACUAGCACGAGGAUAGGCUGCUACACAUUCCAUGACAUAGGCGGAACAUGGAACGAGGCCCGUAAGGCGUGUCUUGAUAUGGGAGCCCGGCUGGUUACCAUGGAAACAACCGACGAGUGGAACAAAGUGAAGGACUACCUCAUCGACAAAACUACGGAGACCGGUAGUUACACUCACUAUUACAUUGGACUCCGUAAAGAAAGUGGAACGUGGAAAUGGACCGAGGCAGAAUCGCCUGGUGUCACUGUGGCCACAGAUGACAGCCGCUGGCAGAAAGACGAGCCUAAUAACGACCCCCGCGAAGAUUGUGCUGAAAUCAAUUCUUUCUAUCGAAAUGAAUACGGGCAUUUUAAUAAUGUCGAGUGCAAUUUUAAUUAUUAUGAGGCUACAGGUAACACAGCACCACGUGGGUACAUUUGUGAAGAUCUGUAA